GCGGGGCUUAUCGCUGCAUCAUAACGUCAACAGCACAGCAGCUUCACAAAGGAACGAAGAAGUCCCACUCUUUACACCCGCUGCUGCUGCCCUAUGUAAGAUCUUGUCCUUAUAAACCAGACAGCAUCACUGGGUUUGAACUUUAUGGAAAUGAAACUAAACAAAGAGCGGACAGAACAGAGGAAAAUGUCCAGAUGACAACAACUAUGCUGGCAUAGCUAGUCGACUGACAGCUCAACCAUACAUCCUUCCUCCAGUCGUCGCCAACCCAUUUUUCCAUCUGGCCAUGUUGCUAAGGAAGAAGCUGUGUGCUGUUGCAGUGUUCGCUGCCGUCCUCCUCAUGCUUGCAAGCCACAGCAUUCAAAGAAGGCAUUUCCAGCCACUGUCCUUAGCCCUGCUCAACAGCCAGGCCACACCUACCAGCAAGGAGACAGUGGUCAAACCUACAGUGCCUCCUGCUGUCUUGGCCCCUCCCAGUACCCCCCUGUUUGAAACCGAAGAAGAGGAAGAGGAGGAGGAGUCAGAAGAGAAAGGAGAGCAGACUGUAAAGCACAUGAAGUCCAACCAGAGGCUGUGUGGUUGCUCAAAGUCCUGUAUUUCAGACAUGAAUGGGUGGGACUGGUUCAGCCAACGCUACGACCCUGAUCAAGAGCCCAUACUGCGAGACACCAACAACUUUGACCCCGAUGCACUCGCCUGGUGGCUGGGUCUUCAGCGGUCUGGUAAUGGCCAGACGUUAGAGGAAGUGGUAACACAGAUGUUCAAGGUCAUUCCCCGUCCCACAGAGGACACCAGUCCCCUCCCCUCCCGUUGUCGUAGAUGUGCAGUCGUCGGUAACUCUGGUAACCUGCGUCAGUCGGGCCACGGCAAACUAAUUGACUCUCACAACUCUGUGAUUCGAAUGAAUAAGGCAGUGACUCGAGGUUUUGAAAAAGAUGUUGGUAAUCGAACUACGCAUCAUUUCUUGUACCCGGAGAGUGCAGUGGACAUGAGUUCCGGUGUCAGUCUCGUCCUACUGCCGUUCAAGCUGAGAGACCUGGAAUGGCUCACCAGUGCUCUGUCAACUGGCCGGAUCAAAAUGACCUACAUGAGAGUUAAGGAGAGAGUGAUGGCAGAUAAAGAUAAGGUUCUGGUGGUGAAUCCAGUUUUUUUUAAGUAUGUCCAUGAUCGUUGGACUGAGCAUCAUGGUCGCUAUCCGUCCACUGGCAUGCUGGCCAUUAUCUUUGCUCUGCACACCUGUGAUCAGGUGUCUGUGUUUGGUUAUGGUGCUGACCAGCAGGGGAACUGGCAUCACUAUUGGGAAGAGAACCGCUAUGCUGGAGCCUUCAGGAAGACUGGAGUUCAUAGUGCCGACUUUGAGACACAAGUCAUCAGCCAACUUGCCAAAGAAGGCAAAAUAAGUCUACACGUGUGACACGACCACUCACCUGAUGACUGAAGGAUCUAUCAUUUGAACCACUGGCAGACUUUUAGACCUGCUGUCUCUGGGCUGAUUGUCUGCACAUUUGUCUGUCCUCUGGCACCAAACAACCAAAUUUUGGGGUGGAGAGUUGGACAGGAAUCAUUCCUCAAGAUUCUGUCUUUUAUCCAAUACCACAUUUGCCUUGAGUCAAGAAUCCAGAAAUGCUCGACUGAGGAUGCGUCUUUGGACAUUUUUAGAUGCCUGUGGACAAAAGUCUGAAGGUUAAGUAGCUAAACACACCACCCCUCUAUUAGGCAGCAAACGGUUAAAUUCCCUGUGCUAGUUUAAAUAAGAUUCAGCUCAAUUAAAAGAAUCAGUCUGUUUUUGGGACCCUCCACUGACCGUCCGGCCGUCUGCAACUGAAGGGAUUGACCACAAUAAGAUUUGCUCUGAGCAAGAAAUAACCACAGACUUUUUUGUAUCCUUUUUUUUAUUAAAGUUUAUAGACAUUAUAUAAGGAAAACCUCCUCAUUUUUUUUAUAAAAGCACUUUGUCUUGAGGAGAAAAUGGUGGGAUGUGGUAAUACUGUCAAUUUAGCUUUCCAAUCAUGAGACUUCUUGUAUUUUCUUGUAUCCUGUAAUUGAAUGUUGACACAAGCCGUCCUGAGCUAGAGGUGAUGACAGGAGCUGGGAUCAGGAUGAAAGUUUGCUGAUCUUAAAUGAAUGUUAAUCUCUGACUCAACCAUAUAUGGAUAAGGAGACAGAGAGUGGGAGGAGCAUGUGUUUUGUCAUACAACCAUCUGCAGCAAUUCACCUCACUUUACCUAAAACAGAAACAAAUUACUUGUUUUGAGAGAAUAAUCAUUUAAUGUUUUCCUAUCAAACAUCAUGGUAAACUACACCACCACCUGCAGCCAUUGCAAGAGGUUUGCUGCA